AUGGGCGAGCCCAUUAGGAGAGGCCGAAGCCCAAUCAAAGAGAGGCCAUUGGGGGGUGUAAUCACCUGCGACUUGGAAUAUUCCAAACGGCUUCUUCAUGGCGGAGUGGUGGAGUUUGGGUUCGGCGCCCCUUCAGCGAGGCUGCCCUAUCGAUUGGUAUAUUUCGGUGAUCUAUGCCUACAAAACUCGCUAACUAGGCUGUGGACGGUGUGUUGCGAUUUGUCAGUGCUUGGAGAGGCUUCUUCAAACGAGGCUGGGCCGUCCCCAUUUGUCAGUCUCUUCUUCUUGGAUGACCCGGAGCCUCGCACCCUCUGUCCUCCGCAGUCUUUGUCCUCUCUCGCUAAAGUGGACAUCAUUCUGGCCGAAAUAUAA